GCUUCUUUCUUAUUUCGUCGUUCUAGGAGGAAGCUCUAAGUUAACUUUUCAACGCGUAAAUAGUUCGCGGCGAGGCGAGCUCGCUGCGCGAGUCUGUUUCGCGUCUGAAGACUUUUGAUUGCGCAUUUCCCUCGAAUUUCCAACAGAUAUCGUACUCUCGGACGAACUAUCUCCGAUACAAAACGACAGUCGUCUCUAUCGUUCUCGCGAAUCUUUUGGCACGACGAAUAAGCUCUGCCAGGCGAAUAGAAAUCUCAAUAAAUAUCUCCAUCGUCGAAGUGUGUUUUGUGUGCGUGCGUUUCAAUUUUUCGCGUGUAUGCGUGCAUAUUUGUCUCUCUCGCGUGCACGAGACCGGAAGAGUCGGCCCAGAAUCGGCCGAAAGAGAGAGACGGAACAACGCGCGUGUAUGUGUGUUCGGCGGCGGAGAGCGUGUCUCGUCUCCUGGUAUAUGCGCGCGCGCGCGCGCGCGUUUCUGCUUGCUACGAUUGGAAGUAAAAGAGAAAGAGAGGGAUAGGCGAUGCGAGAAGGAGCGCUGACAAAGUUGGAGGAGAGAAAAAGAAAGAUAUAGAAAACGUUAAAAAGGUAGCUGGGUUGUAGCACGCGCGCGCGCACGACGGAGAGAGAAGUGUGUCGCGACGUCCUAAGGAGUAGAAGAGCUUUCUUUUUCCUCCUUUGUAAGAGGAUCGAAGUAAAGAAGACGAAGACGAAGGAGGAAAGAGAUAGAGAGAAAGCACGACUGGGUGGGGGUGUCGAAGCCGUAGAGGCGUGUGAGAGGGAGAGAGAGAGAGAGAGAGAGAGAAUACCGAGCGGAAGAGUAGUGGAAGGAUGCAAACGGUGCUGUGUAAACACGCGUCCUGGGUUGCGUCUGGGUUGCAGUUGGACGUACGAGAAUCGUGAGUUCGAUCCGUUUCUCUCUUAGGUUGUGCCGAGGCACACACCACGGAAGAAGGGAAAACGGUGAAAAGGAAAAGCGAAAAGUAACGGUGAAACGGGAUAAUAAAGGAGGAAGAAGAAAGAGGAGGAGGAGGAAGAGGGAGUGGGAGAGGGAGAAGUCGGCCGAGCAACGGCGUCAGGUGACGCGCAUUGCUCCAUACAGCGAGUAAGCGCGCCUAUAUAUGAAUUCGUUUUAACAAAUGACGGUGUAUCGUGGCGAACGACUUUGCUGUUGUUGUUGUUGCUGCUGCUGCUGCUGUCGCUGGCUGGAUCAUUGGUCGUCGUCUACUUAGCUGAGAUCGUAAAAGCCUGUACCGGCGAGAUGCAUCGUAGGGUGGGAUACAGCAACUACGAUGGCAAGAUCGCGGGCCUUUACGACCUGGAAGAGACUCUUGGUCGUGGACACUUUGCUGUGGUUAAGCUCGCUCGACAUGUCUUUACCGGGGAGAAGGUUGCAGUGAAGGUCAUAGACAAGAGCAAACUCGACGAGAUAUCUAGGGCGCAUCUUUUCCAAGAGGUGCGAUGCAUGAAACUGGUGCAACACCCGAACGUGGUGAGACUGUACGAGGUGAUAGAUACGCAGACGAAGCUGUACCUGAUCUUGGAGCUGGGCGAUGGCGGUGACCUUUACGACUACAUCAUGCGCCACGACAGCGGACUCAGCGAAGAGGUGGCCAGGACGUAUUUUCGACAGAUAGUCCGUGCUAUAUCCUAUUGUCAUCGGUUGCACGUCGUUCACAGGGAUCUCAAGCCGGAGAACGUUGUCUUCUUUGAGAAACUUGGUACUGUCAAACUCACAGACUUUGGUUUUAGCAAUAGAUUUUGUCCUGGUCAAAAGCUCGAAACUUCCUGCGGUUCUUUGGCUUACUCGGCACCCGAAAUACUUCUCGGCGACAGCUACGAUGCUCCUGCAGUUGAUGUCUGGUCGCUCGGAGUGAUACUUUACAUGCUGGUCUGUGGACAAGCACCGUUUCAAGAGGCAAACGACAGUGAGACAUUGACCAUGAUCAUGGAUUGCAAGUAUUCCAUUCCAGCACACGUCUCCGAAGAUUGUAAACGUUUGAUCGCUAGAAUGUUAGUUAGAGAGCCCGAAGGAAGAGCCUCUCUCGAAGAGAUAGCCUCUGAUACUUGGUUAGCUAUAGGAUUGGACACGGAUUCCGUGGAAGCGUUACCUCUAGUUUCUCGUCAACAAGUAUCCGACGAUCAUCAUAAUCUUAUUAUUACUAAAAUGGUUAACGGUAACAUUGCCACCAAGGAAGAAAUAUUAGAAGCAUUAGACAAGAACGAGUAUAAUCACAUAACGGCGACGUAUUUCCUGCUGGCCGAGAGAAAAUUGCGAGCUCAUAGACAGGAACAGGUGCAGAAGGCGCGCCCCGAGAUACUUGAUGUUUCUCCCAGCAGACAAGAGGAGGCAACGACGAAUCUUCACGCUAAUCAAAAUUUACUUGGUACGGUGAAUCAAUCGUUGCUGAGUGUUCCACGCACGCCUGGUGACGUACCUCAGAACGUACGUACGAGAAAGUGCAGCAUCGUGCAAGAGGAGGAAGACGAGGACGACGUUUCCUCGUGUUCCGGAAGAGAAGAACGUGGUAGCAACUCGACCUUGAACUCGUUCAAUCGUCGUGGCUCUCGUUCGGAGGGGAAGCUCUCUCAUAUCCUGCAGGAAAGGCUGGGACAACUCCCAGAGAAACAUCCUGGGCACAAAGUAGUAGCGACAGCCAGGCUCACGACUCAACAAGAUUCCUCGAGCAAUGCCGCUGUGCCUGAUCGAGAAGAAUCAAAGUUAAAGUCGUUUACGAAGGACGCCAAAUUUACCGACGCAUCCUCGAAUCGUCGUUCGAACGUAACCGUCGUUGUACAGCAGGACGACAAUGUGGUAUUCGAAAAAGUAAUACCUGGUGCGACGAAAGUAUCCUCGAUCUUCGAUGAAAGUUUAAAAUCUAAAUUUAGUACCUCGAUCGUUCAGUCGCCAGGUUGGUCGAAAAAGCCAGGGAGCGUCGAGAGUAGACCGAAAUCCGUAACAGAAUGUACGAGACCUUUAGGGCCCGUUCCAGCGAAUAAAUGGAGAAUGGGUGCACAGCAUAGAUCGACGGGACAUAAUUUGGAAGCGUCCGCGAUGUCGCCAGCUGUCUCUAGACCGUCUGAUUUAAUUUCCACGACGACGACAACGAUUCUAACGGAAUCGUCGACGGUCUCGAUUCCUCUUCGUUCGAGCACGCACGACGAUCAUCAAUCCUCAAUGCCAAAAUAUAAGACCAUGCCGUCGCCUGGUAGUACAGGCUCUAUGUCACCGCCGCAAUUAACGUUGAACGAGAUACUUGAGGACGGAGACGCGAUGCAGGCUACGGUGGGUUCGAGCGAGUGCACCAACAACAACGCUUCUGCGGCCAAGUGUAGGGUAGUAAGACGGACGGGAUACGAGCAGAGAAGGAGCAAGUUCCAUAAAACUAGAACGGCUUCGUGUUCGAGCUCGGACGCGAGCGACGACGACAGCGAGAGUAGAAAGAAGAGAGCGCAUAAGCUCGGCGCGACGACGGAGAAGCCACUGCCACCUAGGCGAGAUAGUCACGACGAUUCUAGCGAUUCUCAGGAUCCUGGAGGGAGCGGAGGUGGGGGCGGAGGAGGAGGAGGUAGCGGUAUUGGAAAUGGAGAACAUACUACGAGCGAAGCGCCAUCGAGUACAACCGAUACUAAUCGUAACGAUGGUGGUGGCACUACGAACACGACAACGAGCAAUACGACGGCCGGUGGAAGGCACAGAUCAACGGAAAAUCAAGUGGCCUUCGGGAGAAGACAUCGGGCAGGUAGAAGAAGAGCAGGCGAGACACGUUUGAGAGAAAGCCAGUCGUUGAAUCGAAUAACGGAGGUGCAAGAAGCCGAGGGCCCAUCGGCGGCCUGUCACAAUCAUUCUCACGUAUCUCGCAACUCGACGAUUUUAAACGUCCAAAACGUCUCCACCUCGUCCUCCUCGAUAUCCCAAAGUAGCACCGGAUCUCACGGUAUUAAUCAACCGCUAUCGCACGCUGCUACGACCGUACAAAAAGCUAAGGGCUUUGGCGCUAGACUUUUGCAGGGUUGGUCCCUCGGUAAAUCUAGUUUGUCGCAAGCUGUGAGUAGGCAGCAAGCGGAUAGCAAUUCCACUGCUAGAGAAAUCAACAAAAUGGAUCAACGAACAAAGUGUCAGACUGUCGAAAGUUGUAACGACGAUAGAAGAAAGGAUCUAAAUGGUGGUUUGAUCAAUAAUCAAACAGCUCCGAACGAAAAGGAAAAUCGUGGGGCCUCGGUAAACAGGAACGACUGCAAAAGUAGAAAAAUUCGUUUGCUCAGCCGUUACUUUGCGGUUCACAAGAAGCUCUGCGUACCUUUACCGGGUCUCUUCGGGAAGGGUCGACUCUACAAGGCUCGUUCUUGCGGUAACAUCGCACGCGAUCGUGUCAGUCCGCCCUCACCAAAGUCGGUGCUACUAUGUGCCGCCUCGGACGACAAAUGGCGAGAACGUCAUCAGUGGUGCGACACGAAGCAUCAGCAUCGUGGCAGCGACGGUGAUAUCAAUCAGAAUCUUGGUCUUGCUCAUCUCGUGCAGGAAAGAGUAGUUGGUAAAGGCUGUACCGGUAUGCCAGCCGUAUGUCAUAUUCAUUUGGGCGACGCCUCCAAAUGUUGCAGUCUUUGUUGAUGAACGCUCGAUCGAGACGAGCUAGAAAUUCCCAGUGUGAUUUUUUUUUAUUCUUCCUGACGGUAGGAUUUUAAUCUCAGGAGGAACCAGUUUGUUCGUUCUAUCGCCGCACCCCAUCCACCCAAACAUCCACCCAAACAUACACACAAAUGUGCGCGCGCGAAUCGCGAGUCCUUUUUCUACAAGGACCCUUCGUCGUUGCUGAUGAAUGAUUACGUUGCUUCGACAUUUUUAAACACACUUUGUUCGAACGUUCCAGAAAUUUCUCAAAUGACGAAGAACGUAAGAUAUAUACGCAAACACACAUACACGCACGCACACACAUACACACACACACAAGCAUGUAUAUCUAUAUUUUUCCUCCCUCGUGGUGGUGACCCACGUAAAAUAAUGGCGGUUACGUUUACGAACCGCCAAACGUCUAUAUCCAAUCGUUCCUGAAUUAUCUUGAUACGCGAAUAUAGCUGAACGUUGCUGUUAGCGUUGAGAAGAGAAGGAUAUGAAAAAGAACAAAGAAAAAGAAAAGAAAUAAUGAUUAUCGAGCGUUUAUCGCGCUCGAUCCCUUCGUGGGAAGUGUAUCUAGUCCGUGUGAACAAGCCUGUAUUAAAUAUUGCAGAGUUUAUUAUUAUUAUUUUUAUUAUAUAUUAAAUAUUAUAUUAUAUUAUUAUAAUAAUAAUAAUUAUUAUUAUUUGAUAUAGAUGAACAACGUGGAUAUUAACUCGUAUCGAGACGGCACGGUGUUCGAGAAUAAAUGAAAACAAAUAUUAAAGAAGAAGAAAAAGAAAUAUUCGUAUAGCUUCGGUACGUUUUGAGUCUCGGCAAUUCUCGAGGGUCUUCCUUCGUCUUUUCAUUUUACACGUCUCACGUCCAUUUUCCUAUACCGUUAUACGCCUUCCUUCUCUAUUACAUUCUCUCUCUUCUCCUUCUGUCGAGCUCGAAUCGCAAUUUAAAUUUUCCCUUCCUCCUUUUUAUCUUUUCCUCUGUUAUUUCGAGAGAAGAGAACCGAAUCGGAAAGAUAAUGUUUUCUUAACCAAAGCAGGACCUUGAAUUAUAAAGCUGUCGUAUUCAAGGGCAGGAGGGAGGGGGGAGGGGUAAACAAAAAAAGAAAAACAUAAAAAUUAUAGAAAAGUACGUGCGUUACAAUUAUUUCAUUGGUGAUGGCUAUAACGACGCGCUCAAAAUUGAUUCUAUGUUUGUUUUAAUUUAAAAAAAAAAAGAAAUACAAAUAAUAAAAAUUCAUAAUUGUAGAUAUGCUUGCCGGCCAAGCACAUUAGCGCAAUAGUGUCUAGAUUUUCUUUUUUUGUUUCCUUUUUCAUUGAUCUUUCUUUCUAAACGACAUUCGUAGCCGUCGUUAUCGUUAUCGCGUUUUCGUGCUACGAUCGGUUAAAAAUUCCCAACGACGUGUUACGAUUCGAUCGGCCACAGCCACAUAGAAAACAAUGCAUAGAUGAUUAAGCUGCGUUCACACCUAAAAUGUUAUAUUAGAUGUAUCCCCGGCCCCCCUCUUGUGUCCUCUAGGCGCAAUCGUAAAUGUAUUUGUUUAGAAAGAAAGAGAGAGCAUGCGCGGUGCUUCGAGUACGUAAUUUGUACAUACAUAUAUAUAUGUAUAUAUAUAUAUAUGUAUAUAUAUAUGUCGAAGGCGAGGCCGAUUUAAAAUUUUUUUAUUAAUUGACAUUAAUUUUUGCAAGGUGUCACCCGAUACACACACACACACACACACACACACACACACACACAGAGAGAACACACAGACACACCCAUCGAGAGACGAGCUUGAAAAAAUUGUAUAACCAUUCGCUUGAAUUAUCGAAUGCUGGCCAUUCGAUUCAAAGGAUCGAAAUACAGACUCUUUGCUUAUUCCAAGGGAUAAUAUUAUAUAGUAUAUAUGCAUAUAUAUGCGCAUAAUCAAUUUUACAAUCCUUCUAAACAUAAUCACACAUACACACGAACAUUUAUUACGUACAAGGAAUAAUUGUUUUCCUUUUUAUAUAUUUAUCACGGAAUGAUCUGCAGUGCUUAUCUUUUAGAUCGAAAAUGUUUGCGUUUAUUUCAUUUUUAUCGAGCGUGCGAAUUUCUGGAAUAGAGAAAGAGAUUAGAAUACAACAAAAUUUGGAUCUAUUAUCAAAAAUGAACACACGAAUCGUUUCUUAUUUUGGCUCGAAGAUCUCUCUAAUUUUUCCUUGUAUAAUUUCGAUUAAUGUACACAUAUAUACGUAUACAUAUACACACAUAUACUUACCAACUAUGUACGUCAAAUAUUAACUUGGAAAUAUGCGCAAAAUUAUUCAACUUCCUAACGACUAAGACUGAUGCUUUACGAGUUACUUCGAAUUGUUUAUUAAUUUACAACAUGUACAUUUGUAGUAUGUCGUGCGACGACCAUGGCUCGAUUGACGAAAUCAAUAAAAAAGAAGAAAUAGAGAGAAAGAGAGAAAGCGAACAAGAGUAGCGUCAAACGCUGAGUGCAAUUUAUCCAUCAGAGGGCGAAGAGCGUUCUUCUUAGUCGUUAAUUUAGAGUUCCUUGGCCAAGAAAAAGAACAAAAAAUUCGGUCUCGCAGAAUUUUCCGGCCGAAGAAAUUGUGGCCACCUCAGAUCGACCAAGCAAUGUGACUGGAUAUUAAAAUAUCGUUUAUAUAACUAAUGAAUACGUAGAAAAGACGAUCUUUGCGAAUCUCAAGUUUUUUCUUUUUUCUUUUUUUUUUUUUUCUUUUCCCUUUUUCAUUGCAUCGAGAAAAAAAGAUUCCUCCCAAGAGAAUUACUUAUUAUUUUAUUUUUCUUCAUUUCCAUACGUCUCUCGUCUCGCAGCUGUGAAAAAUCGCGAAAUAUUCUUUGAAUUUACGAAUAAAAAGGAAUAAUGAAAAAAGAAAAUACAAGAUAGAAAAACGUGUAUUUUUGGUGUUGUCAAAAUCGUGACAAUAUUUUAAUGUUGCAUGCACGUUUGAAAAAUUCAAUGGAAACGAUUUUCCAAUGCUUUAUUUCUUAAAUUUUUAUAAUCCCUUCGACUUUUCAAAAGGAAACAAACAGCCUUUAUCUCGUUCGUUCUCGAGCAGAUAUAUUUUUUUCUAAUUUUUAUUUCCACCGCGGGAGGACAGAAUUGUUUUCCUCGCGCAGUUUUAACUUUUCCGUAUUUACACAGAUAUGCGUUUUUUCCUCCGAGUCCGAACGAAAAGCUUUUCACUUGUUUAUUAUUUUUCGAGAGAUCGAAAAUCAUGUAAAUCACGAACGUUCCUUUUUCCUAUUUUUCUCUCUUUUUGUAACAGCAGAUAGUAUUAAAUCGUUCGAGAUUCAAAGACGAAUAAGAGGUGUUAAUUAAUCUACGCCCACGCGAAAUAAACCUUCACGGAUUAAUGUCGACCCGACUCUUACUGCCAGCUUUAUCAUUGUAAAACGGAUCCACUUACAUGCGUGUACCGCUAAAAGCUGUAAAACACAACCCGGUAUUCUCGUAAUUCAUACAUACAUAAAUGCAAUAAUUGUGUGCCCGAAUCGAAUGGAAUAAAAGAAAAUAAAAGAAAAGAUACAAAAAAAAAAAGGGGAAUAAAUAAACCAACAAAAUUGUUAGCUUUUAUGCUAAUAUAAUACGUUCAAGUA